AUGGCUAUACGUACGCUACUGGAAAGUCUCGGGCCUGAAAUAGAGGAUCCUGAAGAAGAAACGUUCCUUCUCUUUAGCCGGGACAUCCCGUCGCAAGACCUAGGGUUUGUAGACUCGCGCGCGUCCACGCUUGAUCUAGUAAUUGCCGACAGAGACUAUGUAAUCCAUCAAUCACCUGCUGUCCUAUCAUCAAAGCGUGCAGGAGGCACGACAGGGGCGGUUUUGUGGAAGAUCACGCCUAUGUUUUCUGAAUGGAUUGUAUCUCCAGAAAACCCCCUAUGGAAAACUGGGGCUCUGAACUCGUCGUCAAGCGUCAUCGAGCUCGGGUGUGGCAUCUCGGGACUCGUUGGCUUGGUACUCGCUUCGACUAUAUCGCGGUACGUGCUCACAGACCAGCCAUACGUGUCCAAGUUGGUGGAAAGCAACCUGAAGGAGAAUGAAGUCAAGUCCCGCCCCUCGGCUUCUGCAUCACGGCGCAAGGGAAGGACAGCGGCGGUCCCACCCAAAAGUAACUUGACUUUUACUCCGCUGGACUGGGAGUUGGAUGAGGUAACGUCAAAUCUCACAGGGGCCGUCGAUGUCAAGAGCUUCGAUGUCAUCAUUGCCUGUGACUGCAUCUACAACGAUGCGCUGAUUCAGCCAUUAGUGCAGACAUGCAUGGCGUGCUGUCGGCUUCGGGUGUCGGAUGAUGGGGCUCAAACGACAUCGCAACCGGCUAUCUGCAUAGUCGCCCAACAACUCAGAGACCCAGAGGUAUUUGAAGGUUGGAUUCGGGAGUUCCACCGAUAUUUUCGCACUUGGCGGAUCCCUGAGUCGGCGCUUUCGGUUGCGUUGGGAUCAAAUAACGGUUUCGUCAUUCAUGUAGGUAUUCUACGAGAAUGA